AUGUCGGUUUCACAGAAGUUAAUCGAUAGUUAUCAAGACCUCUUUAACAAAGCAACCAAACAUAAGCUGACAGAAGAGUUAUGCGCUGGUACCUUGGAGGAUAAAAAACUAUUUAUUUAUCUGGCGCAAGACCUACAAUUUUUCCAAAGCGGCUUGAGAUUAACUUGCAAGCUAACAUCGCUGGCACCUACGGAGCAUAGUCUCAUUACUUUGGCCAAAAAGAUCGGCUUCUUUGCCAAUGAUGAAAAUAACUACUUUCAAGAAUGUCUUGAGCUCCUCAGCCCAUCACUUGGAAAAGAAGAACAACUGCGUUACAAAGAAACGCGCUUGCCUUUGGUUGACAAGUACAUUAAACUGAUUGAAAAACUCGCGAGAGAUGAAAGUUCUUACGCUAAAUUGGUUACCUUCACUUAUUGUAUGGAGCUCGUCUACUUGCAGUGGCCAAAGAAUUUCAAUAUCCCUAGCAAUCUCCAUUGGAAAUACAAAACGUGGGUAGACUUGCAUGCUGGCGAACACUUUGAAACCUGGUGUGACUUUUUGAAAGGAGAAGUAGACAAAUGCAAUUAUGAAGAAGUCGCUCCCGUUUUUGCAGAAGUUUUGAAGUCAGAAUAUGAGUUUUUUGACAGUUGUUACAAGAAUUAG